UCCAAAGCAAUUAAUUUAUAACCACUUGCUUCUUGUUUGUUGGCUCUCAAUGACUAGACCUAUCAAAACAACUCUCUAUCUGUAAUCCCCUUUUCCAGAGUUAGAAUCCUAAGAUACAGAAACAAAAAAUGGAAGGUCAAAGAGAGCAAAUCCCUCUUCUUACCCCUUACAAGAUGGGUAAUUUUCAACUUUCCCACAGAAUUGUUUUGGCACCAAUGACAAGGUUUAGAUCUUACAAUAGUUUUCCUCAAUCACAUGCUAUCUUAUAUUACUCUCAACGAACCACCAACGGCGGUUUUCUAAUUGCCGAAGCGACUGUCAUAUCACGUGCUGCCCAAGGGUUUAAGGAUACUCCUGGUAUAUGGUCAAAGGAACAUAUUGAUGCCUGGAAACCGGUUGUGGAAGCUGUUCAUGCAAAAGGCGGCGUCUUUUUUUGUCAACUUUGGCAUCCCGGAAGGGCUUCGGUUCAAAGUUUUGAGUCGAAUAUUGGUCACCCACCGGUCUCUUCCACAGAUAGACCAUGUAGUCCUUUUAUAGAUACCGAUACUGGUCAAGUUUUGCUUGAAUAUUCACCUCCUCGAAGACUAACGCCAGAAGAAAUUAUUUUAAUUGUUAAUGAUUUCAGAGUUGCAGCGCGAAACGCAAUGGAAGCUGGUAAAACGCAAUUAGAGGUUACCGAAAACAGUCAUUUUCUUAGUUUUAAAAUAAAGUCUGGUAAAAUGUAUACAGGGUUUGAUGGAGUCGAAAUCCAUGGUGCAAACGGUUACCUGAUCGACCAGUUUUUAAAAGAUCAAGUCAAUGAUCGAAGCGACGAGUAUGGAGGUUCAUUAGAAAACCGUUGCAAAUUCGCCUUCAAAGUUGUAGAAAUCGUUGCAAAUGAGAUUGGCGCAGAUAGAGUUGGCAUCAGGCUUUCACCUUUUUCGAACCACAUGGAUGCAGGAGACUCAGACCCGGAAGCUUUAGGUCUAUACAUGGCUAAAUCCCUAAACAAAUAUGGCAUUCUUUAUUGCCACAUGAUCGAGUCAAGAGCCGAAGCCACAGAAGACGAAACUGAUCAAUGGUCCGACAGUCUGGUGCCCAUGAAACAGGCGUUUAAUGGUACUUUUAUUGCAGCCGGUGGGUACGUGAGGGAAAAUGGUAACGAUGCUAUAGCUCAAGAACGUGCGGAUCUUAUAGGUUACGGUCGUUUGUUCUUAGCAAACCCUGAUUUGCCUAAACGAUUCGAGCUUGAUGCACCCGUUAACAAGUAUAGAAGAGAUACGUUUUAUAUCGGAGAUCCGGUAGUUGGUUAUACCGAUUAUCCGUUUCUUAACGACGACCAACGAUAAGGCAUAUCGUGAAGGAAGAGUCGAAUUUUAUGUUUACACUGAAAAAAUAAAUAAAUUAUAUUUCUUCAUACAACAUCAUGAUUUAUUAAAAGACAGUGAGUGGCAACAAAGUAUACUAUACAUCUUUUGCAGGCCUAGCCGACAAUGCGAUAGCGUCUGAUAAUCGUGUUUUUCAUCGGACAUUAUAUAUCAUCCUUUUGAUUA